AUGUCAACGACAAUACCAACAUCCUCAUCGUUACUACAAGCGACUGAAACAAUUUCACAUAUUAGUUCAUCAUAUUCAUCAACAAUACCCGUAUCAACAACAACUUCUAAUGAUUUUGGAUCACAAAAUACUACUAUUGGUUCAACCCCUUCAACAGUAUUAUUUUUUCUUGCAUUGGCAGUUGGAGUUUUAAUUGCCUUGAUAUUUGUUUUCUUCACAAUACGAUAUUUUGUUCGAGCAAAAUAUGGUGUCAAUUAUAUUGGUAUUACUAGAAGAGGACUUUAUGGAUAUAAUCAUAAUCAUCAUUUUAAUAACAAUAAUAACGCAAAUCAAUCUUCAAAUAUUAUUAAUGAACAUACAUUUGCUCAAAUAUUCACAACUACAGAAGUACAAGAUCAACUUGAUUAUAUUCGACAACAUCAUUAUUUACGUGGAGAAAUAAUUGAUCGAAGAUUGAAUCAAGAAGAUGGAGAUUCCUCGACUGAAACAGCAAGACAAAGACAACAACAACAACAACAACGAAGAAGGAGAAGACAACGAAGAAGAAGAAGAAGAAGAAGAGGUGGAAGAUUUGCAAGAAUGAAAAAAUUGACUGCUGAAGAAGUUGAAUUAUUAUUCCCUAAGAAAACUUAUCAUCAAUGGCUUAAUGGUGGGAAAGAAGAAGAUGUUGAAAAUCGAGAAGAUUUAUUUUGUGAAGUGAAGGAAGAAGAGGAUGAACAUCAAGAACAUCAAGAACAGAAUAAUAAUACCAAUGGUCAAUCGAGUAGUGACGAUAAUCAUAAUAAUCAUAAUAAUCAUAAUAAUCAUAAUAAUCAUAAUAAUAUUGAUGGUAAUGUUGCUGUUGUCGUUGAUGAUGAAAACCACAAUUGUUAUUGUCAAACAGAAGAUAAUGAAUCAAGUAAUACAUUAUUUACUGCUCGAACUUCAGACAUGACCAACACAAGAAAUACUACCACUAAUACUAAUAAUAUUAAUAAUAAUAAUGAUAAUAAUGAUAAUGAUGAAAUUGAAAUGAAAGAAUUAAAUCUUACUGAAAUCAAUUCUAAAAAUGAUUCUAAUGAUUCACAAAUCAGUUUACAUUUUGAUUCAGGAUCAUGUGCUAUUUGUUUAGAAAUGAUUGAAGAUGAAGAUAUUGUUCGUGGAUUAAUUUGUGGACAUGUUUUCCAUGCUGAAUGUUUAGAUCCAUGGUUAAUUAGAAGACGAGCAUGUUGUCCAAUGUGUAAACGUGAUUAUUUAUUUAAAAGAGAUUAUCAAAAUCAUAAUGGGAAUAAUAAUCCAUCAGAAAAUGCAAAUAAUCAAAAUCAAAAUCAAAAUCAAAAUCAACAAGCAAAUAAUAGUCAUAAUAAUGAUGUAAAUGAAGAUAAUAACAAUGAUGACAAUGACAAUGAUGUUGAUGAUGUUGAUGUUGAUGUUGAUGAUGAUGAUGAUGAUGAUGAUUUACGUACAAUUGAUUUGGAUAUUGAAGAAAUCAGAAAUAAUCCAAGUUUACAAAUGAUGUUACAAGAAUUAAUCCCACCAGGAGAAAGAGUAAGAAUAUUACUUGAAGAUUCAAGAUAUCGUGAUUUGAAUUUUGAAGAAAGAGGUCAUGAAAUGGCUAAACGGAAAUAUAAUAAUAUUUUCAAAAUUAUAUGGUGGAAAAUAAUGGGAAUUUCUAAACUUGAUUUUUAUCAUUGGGCUGUUCUUAAAUUAAUUGAAAAAUAUCAUCAUGAUCAUCCUGAAGGAAUAGAAUCAAUUAUUGAAAGUAAUUCACCACAACAAAAUACACAACAACAGAAUAUUGAAGUUGAACAAGAUCAAGAUCAAGAUCAAGAUCAGGAAGAAGCUGAAGUUGAAGCUGAAGCUGAUACAGCCAGCAAUUCUAGGAAUAUAAAUGAAGUAAGAAAUUCGGGAAGUAUGGAAGAAGUAAGUGAAGUUUCUGAAGCGACAAGGAUGGAAACGGUUAUGAAUAGGGUUUAA